GAGUGGCUGGAGAAAUGUUCCAGUUGCGCUGCGUACUUUCACUCGCUCCGAGUCGUUCUUUCUUCCACUAGUGGUGGUGGUGGUGGACUGGUAUACUUUCACAUUUCUGCUAUAGUAAGUAGUAGGUCCUCCACCAUCUUGUCAGGCCCAAAUUUGCUACACUGACAUAGAGCAGCAACACAUACGAGUUUUCUAAGCACCUGACUACUCGCCUAUGUGUUUGCUUUAGAUAUUACAUUCCUACGUGAUUCACAUUAUUUCGUGGGGUCUGGUUCGUUCCACGAAGGGUUGCUCAUUCUCUGCUCCUUUUACCGCAGUACAACUGCAACCUCAACUACUCGUACAUACAUACGGCGACUAUCUACACACAUUCUCUCUUCCCCUCGCACACACAUACACAACUUUCUCCUGCUCAUAUAAAAUCCAAUCUUGCAACGACCCACCAAACUAUCAAAUUCGCCAUGACUGCUGCUGCUGCUUCCUCCUCUCCUCGCCGUUGAUCUGACCCACGGAACUGUGUCACACACGAGUAGACGGGCAGCGAGUGGUGGCGAAGAGGAGAUUAUACUUGGCAAACAAGGAUAAGUCCAAUUGUAGCCCGGUCGUAUAAGCGCAACCCUUUUCAGAAGAAGCGAUUAGGGAGGUUGUUGGGUGAACGCAGUGUAUUCAUGUAGUCGAAGAAUAGAGUGUCGCAAGUGGUGGUGGGAGGAUACCUACACACGGACUCCCUCGCUUAUCAAGUAUAUACUGGUUAUUUAAGUUAUUCUUGUGUAGUCGCCAAGUAGUGAAACGACAAAAUUGUUAAUUUCCGAGUGGAAAAUAACAUAACGACAUAAAAUGCACGGAAUCGGGGCGCAUUCGGCGGUGGCGAUUAAGCGCCAGAGGCGCCGAAGGGAACAGGCGGCUAAAAAGAGGGGUCGGCGACCACCGAUUACCGACGCACAGCGACAACAGCAAGAUAUGUCGAACAAGGUCAUGGGCACAAUAACAAUGUCACACGUCGGCGUAAUCUUCUUAACCGUCGGACUGUUCUUAAUGCUCGCAGCCAUCAUUACUAAUGAAACCAAUCAAGCCGAAAUUGCAGAACUAAUCGGAACUGGUAUUAUUUGCCUCGUCAUCGGUCUCUUCCUUGUCAUCCUCAAUCGGUUCUACGGUCAGAAGGAGGAAGAAGAACUACAAAAUUAUGUGGAGACGCGUCUCGGGCGAUCCAGGUCUGGUCAAAGGUUAUACCACGAGACUGACUCUUACCCAGAAAACCUGGAUGACAACACUCUCAGCAAAACACCCUCCAUGGACUCUGGGAUGAGCAACGAUGCUCCGAAAUCAAAGAAGGACAAGAAGCAGAAAAAGAACAAGGACAACAUGUCCGGCCCAAGUCAAAGUUCUGGGCAUGGGAGUCACCAUCACCAACCACCGCAAACAACCACAGUAAACAUCAUUAACGAACAUAAUCACUCCUACCAGCACAACAAGAGUCCAAAUCCUGGAGGGAGAGGGGGUGAAAUCUCCGCCGGCGGCGUCACUCUCGACAGACUUGACGAAGAGACGGAAAAUCUCCGCAGGCAAAAUUCUCACGGUGGCGACGAUCCAGCCGGAUUGGGUCGAAGUGGUAACUUGUACCGCGUCUACAAUGCGACAACCGCGUAGACCCUGAAGAUGAAGAUACGUGUGUAUAUUUGAAAUAUUAAGGGUUUUGUAAAUGUCGUACAUGACCAACCAGUGAUUAAAUGUGCCCCAAAAACGACCCUUGAUGAUGUUCAACUGUGCGCCCAAACUUUUCUCUCCUUUUUUCAAGCCAUAUUCUCUCCACGUAUGGUAUCAAAGUGUUAAAAUCUUGUACUCGUACUAAAAUCUUUAUCUCCCAUACGAAACCGACCUGGGCUGCUCUUUUGUGGUUGUUCGACCAUACUCACUUCCUCCAUCCAGAACUUAAAUGGUUUUCUAACCACGAAAAAAGAACCGGAAGAGGAGUGUCCCGUCUAAAAUACGACUUUUUGCAUAUUGCUACCAUGCAACUGGGUCAAUCUGAUAUAUCACACGUCAACUACAUACUGCCCCAACUUUUCAUCAUCAUUCAUGGAUGUGCUCAUUGCGUGAUUUCUCUUCAUGAUAUCCUCAGAUUAAAUGGAUAUGACAGAACACGACAGCACCAAGCAGCAGCCGUGUACAUAUAAUAACGCCAUACUUUCACCAAUUUCUACCCACUGUUGCUGCUCUACUUGAAGAAAUGAAAUGAAAUGACAAUGUGAGUGGUGGUCGUGUCGUCGUGUCACGUCGAGCUCGGAGGAGGAGGAAAUUGUGUUACUUUUAUAUUAUAGUCUUUUUUCGCAAAUUGUUCACAGUUAGGUUACCUACUCUUGUCGUGCAAAGUACGAAUGUGGAUAAAAUUAUAUGUAUUGUACGUGAGUAGGUGUGACCCCAUGCAUUGCCCCCUCCUCACACAUAUUUAGACCCAUUUUAUACGUACAUACUUUCACCCCAUAAUUCAACGCUGUGAGGAAGCAUAUAAUCAUCACAAGGUCCUUUCAAUUUAACUCAAGUACUGUUUUAUAAGCGUGGAAAAUUGGUGGUGCUUGUGCAGUGAAAGUAAAUAUGCACUUUCACCCGAUCGAAAAUUUGACAUUUAUGUGUAAUCAUGUAGAAUACCAUCUACGAUCUACUCCACCUCUCUCAAACCCUUUGUUUCCCUUGUACAACAAUAUCCUUUAAAAGACACCUGUGAAUUUAGGCCUAUAUUCUAUCACGUAACCAUAAAUAACAACUACUACAACAUACUAUACCUCCAUUUCGGUAUGUACUGUAAUUUAAAUUUAACGCAAAUCGUUCCGGGACCACGUAAUCCAAUCAACUAUUAGUUAUUUCCCUCAGAAGAUAAACCUACUUCAAGUUCACGGCAUAAUUAAAGUCUAAUUAACCAUUAACCGACGACAUUCAGCUGUGCCAGAUUUAUUUAAGCGUAAUACGAGUGUAACACGCGAGGCUUAUAUUAUUAUAAUGUAUAAAUCCUAAUUAGCAUUUCCUUAUGGUUCAAAUUCAUGUCGGAGUGGCUGGUUUAUAAUUUGCAAGGGGUUUAAUCAUUGUUAUUUGCGAGGCUUUCGUAACAACGGCAAUAUUUUUUGUACACGCCGCACGACUAGAUACGAGUGAAAGCAGGAAAGAGAAAGUUUGUCCGACACCGAUUUAUACGUAUUAGGCAAAAAAGCGUUCAGGCAAUCUCUGCUUUCUCGUUUAUAUUGAUUAUCGCUUUAUUAUACACCUACAUACAUACCACCGCAAAACACUGUUAAAGAUAUACAGGAACUUUAUUUUUUGCGGUUUUUUUUUGCACUUCUCUUCUCUGGGAGUCAAUGUGUUUUGCAAAUUUUAUGAGUUGUUCUUUCCGUCUCUUUGCCUUUCUCCUCUCCUGCCAUGACCAUAUGUACGUAUGAAUAAUAUGUUUUUUAUACGCUCGUGUGCUUUUUAUUCUGAUUAUCUCUAGCCACCCAGGUUCAUAAAGCGCAUCAAUUAUUCAGCUGUCUUUCAGAAAUCGCUCUGAAGCAAGUUCAGAGUUCUUGCUACCAUAAGUAUAUCUGCAUGUGUACGUUGUACUUGUACGUACUACUUAUUCGAGAAGUACAUAAAAACAGAGCAAACAACUUUCUCUUGUAAUGUUCAUCGAUUUGUCGAGUUGAGCAAACUUUAAUUUUUUCAUCCGUGUAUAUUUAAUAACGAGUUUACAGUCCUCUAAUGAUAGAAAAAUACAUAUGUAUGUACGUAUUUCAUUUUUCCACCCUUCCAAUAUUUUCACAUGGAAAAAAGUGUAUCAUCAAAAUUGAGACGGCUAAAAAUCUCUCGUUAUAUAAGUAAUGUCAACCUUUAUUGUAUGUACCGUUUUUUAUUUGCAUUUAUGAUUCGUUAUAUAAGUGAGACAUGUAAGUUUAUGGUGUAAUGAUAACCACCCAACUUGAUGUACACGUAUAACAACGUGUACACACAUAUUGUGAUCCAAUCCAAAAAACCUGCAACAUUAACCAAAAACGACUUAUCCUUCUUGGCACGAAAAUGCACUCCACUUCUGAUCCAUGUUCUUCCUACUUUGCCUAAGGUGAAAUUAAUUAAUUAAUUUAUCGCACUGAAUGUAACGAUACACAUGAAAAUAGCGGAAUGACGCCAAUUAACACAUUCGACGGUUUCAUGUCUGCAGAUUGGCGUUCAUUGUGUGUUGUUCGUAUUACUGCACACACCAAAUACAUGCAUUGUACUUAAGUAGAUGGGUAGGUAUCUAAAAAAUAUAUGUGAAUGCCAAAUUCUUCAAGCACCACGGAUUAGGUAUAUGCAUCCAUAAGUAUAAGAUCACCUCAGUCACUAACUAACUAAUUUAAGCCAAGCCUUGAGCCUAGACAUCCACGUUCUUAACAAAGAAAAGAAAUGCUAAUCCUCAUUUUCCUUCGUCCAAGCAUUUAACUGAAAGAGAUUUAUUUUCAGCACGGCACACACUCCAUUGUGUACGUUUUUACUAAGCUACUUAAAUGUCGAUCACAUUUUGCUAACGUAUUUAUUACUACGAUACAAAACUAUAUACCGCUGUGACAUAUGUUAAGCUGACUACAGCACCAAAAUGACAGAAUUGUGGGAAUAGGUAUAAAUGUCUGAAUAAUGUAUAAAAAAGCAGUGAAAGUAACAUAAUUAUUAUUCUGCCGGCUGUGAUUAACUAUGAAUUUUGCCAGUUUCCUCUCUUGCUUCAUGGGCUUAAUCACUUUCAUUUCAUAUGCACAUGAUACGUAACUAUUUAACGUAAAAUUUACUGUUGUGAAAGAGAUAAUCAAAAACCUGCUUUAAUGUGAGAUUAGUAUUAACUGAUUUCUAUGCCAGGAAAAAAUAAUUAAUUAAUUUUUAAGUAACCAGACAAGUUGAAACUUUUGCUCCUCUCCGCCUUAAUACCUCUUAUUAAUCAAUUACAUAACUACUUAAUUAAACCAGUGUGAAAAUUAUGUCAACGUUUACGUUUACUCAAGAAUGAUUUUUUGGUACGAUAAAAAAUCAUGUAUGUAUGAUUUUUGUGUUAAAUUAAGAACUUUGCGCGUAUGUAUGAAAGAACGUUACUAAUCGCGAGAUUAAACAAAUUAUUCUAUUGUAAUUUCGCUGUUGUUUCGCUACUUUGCUUAAGAAAUUACGUAUUCCUGGCGAAUGAUUAAACCUACUGGAACGCAUUUGUGAUCACAUUAUCACUCUUUAGAUGUAAAGUAAAAGUAAUAUCUCUCAUGAUCAAUUAUAUUAUUUAAUUAUAAAUAUUUACUAAUUAUUGCAACUAUUCACUAAACUCAACAAAUCUACAUAUACAUAAAUUAUGUAUAAAUUAUGUAUAUAACUUUCACCGUGCACGUUACUAACAAUUAUUUACUAGCAUUGAGUAAGUUGUCCAAUAAAUUAUGUAUAGCUCACAAAAUACAUGAAACACAUAUAUACAAAAAUCAAUUAUGCAAAACACUAUUAUAACGUGUAAGGUUACUAUAAUCAAACUGCUUAUCUAUCUAUCUAUGAUGAAUCAAUUAGGCUUAAUCAUUAUGCCCCAUAUGCGUAUAUGUAUCUACAUAAAUAUAAA